AUGGAACACCAUUCCAAGUUCCUAUGCUCACAAAAGAGAACUAAUUGGUGUGUUCGAAUAAAGGCCUUGCUUGGUGCCUAUGAUGCUUGGGAACCGGUAGAGUUUAGAGUUGAUGAAGCGGAAGAUGCCCCAGCCACAAAUAAGAAAGAUCAAAAGGCACUCACUCUCAUCUAUCAAGGUUUGGACAAAGUGAAAAAGGUUCAUCUCCAGACCUUAAGAGGAGAGUUUGAAUUAUUGUAUAUGAAAGAAAAUGAAUCUGUUUCAGAUUACAUUUCAAGAGUUUUGGCUAUUGUCAAUCAAAUGAAAAGAUAUGGUGAAGAGUUGAAGGAUGAUAGGGUCGUUGCCAAAAUACUACGAUCCCUAGAUUCAAAAUUUGAUUAUAUUUUUGUUGCUAUGGAAGAGUUCAAAGACUUGGACACCAUGACCAUAGAUGAACUUUCGAGUUCUUUGCAAGCCCAUGAAGAAACAUUGAAGAAACCGAAAGACGAAUCGGUUGAAAAGGCGCUGCAAGCAAAACUUUCCUUCAAGGAGAAAGAUGAAAGGCGUGGUUCGCAGCAAAGAGGUCAUGGUAGAGGAGGAAGAGGUGGUAGUCAACCACCAAAUAGAGACAAUAAAAGCCAAGACUAUAGUCAAAGAAGAGGUCGUGGAAAAGGAAAAGGAUGGAGACAAAAUCAAGGAAGGUACAAAAUGGCAGCAAAUAAUAAUGACCCUCUUGGAAAUUUGAUUACAGGGGAGGAGGUAGAUGAUGUCGGAGAUGAUAAG